GCACAACUGGUCAUGUUCAAACCAUGUUUUUCUUUAAAUUUUGCAGAGCUUUCUCUAUGUUUCUAUCUCUACUGGGAAUUGGAACGGCACUCUCUUUUAUAGCUCACGUGUCUGCUUUAGGACAACUAGUCGUGCCUCACUUUGUUAUUGGCCUUGCCAUAGGCUGUACCGAUGUGUCAGUCCUUUCGCUGUUAGCCUCAUUUGGAGACAUUUGGUAUCAUGAAAGAUGCUACUCGAUGAUCUACGCUUUAAACCAAGCCGCAGUCUGCGCUGCGUAUGCACUUGGUCCAGCAUGGGCGGGCCUCACAAUUUGUCCUUUCGGAUUUCGCACUUCAAUCAUUGCUUUAGCCCUGUUGAAUAUCGCAUAUGCACCAUUCACCUUAACUUUACGGCCUCUAGAAAGAGCUCUUACACGGGUACAUGCCAAAAUGGCUGACUCGAAAGAUCAGAGCUAGAACAGUGAGCUAAGCACACAAGUUGAGACUGCCUAAAGAAAGAGUAUUUGUCAAAAGUUAAUUUCAUUACUAUACAAUCUUUUAGCUUCGAAACCAAUGUUAGGCAGUACACGACUCUUCUAGUGUCACUUAUCUACAACCCUCCUACUUAUGCUUCGUUCAAAACCAAGAUCUCAAACUUUUCUGCAAAUUCCGAUGUUUAUACAAGAAUACUAUGUGGAACUUUAAUGAUUAUUGUCACAUAUAAUUUUACCAAUGCCGUUUAUAGCCGUGUCUAGUUAUUUACGUAUCCGA